ACAAAUACAACCUAACACGGAUUAGAUAGAAGCGACUGACUCAAUCUUUUUUAAUCCAAUAAAGUUGGAACGAUACAAAAAAAAAAUAUAGAUUGCAUAUACAGAAUUACAGAUUAUAAGUCGCAUUGUUUCUCUCUUUGAUAAUAAAAACCGUUUUCUGUAUCCAAUUUGGUCACCACCAAUUUAUUACUUUCUAGCUUCACCCAAAUCUUUUCAGCAAAUCAUGGAUGAUCUCUCUAUACACAAGAUUCAAAUCUCCGGCACUACUUUAGCCUCUAUCCUCCACCGUCUUUUCUCAUCCUCCGGCGACAUCCACGGUCUAUUAUUCGGCCACAUGUCAUUCUCCACCACCACUCCUCUUUCCGACGACCCCGCCACUACCUCCGCCGCCGUAACCAUCGCCUCCGACGACGGCCCAAUUCUUACCGCCACUAUCACCGAUUUUCUCUCUAUCCCUUCCCACUUUCCCCUCCCUUUACACCAGCUGGAUGAUCCUUCCGCCGCCGUUCUUGGUUGGUUUUCCGGUCGCCGAAAAACCCCUUUAAGACCCUCUUUAAAGGAUUCUACAACUACCCUUUCUUUAACUUCCUCUGCUUCUCACUCUUUUACCCCUCAAAAUGCUCCGUAUUUACUUUCUCUGCCCCCCUCUUUGUUCCUUCUGUUAACGACGCCGUUUCAUGAACAACUGAUACAUACCCACGAGUACAAAGCUUUUCAGUACCGUAUUUCCACUGAUUCAUUCGACUCCAAAAGUUUAGAUAUUAUCAACAUUGGUCCAUCAUUUCGAUCCCAUUAUGGUUCUUUUAGUCCUAUUUCACCAUUUCCUUUAAUAUCAUGUGACUUAAGGGGUCCAAAUGCAAUGGCUGAGGAUGAAAAGUUGGAAUCUUUGGUGAGUAUUAAAAGGGGUUUGAAGGAUCAGAAGGAGUUGGAUUUGUGUGCUGAAGGAUUUGAGAUUGGGAGAUUGAACAAGUUGAUGGGCUCUGAUGCUUCAAAUUAUACUGCUGAAUUGGAGCAUUUGUAUGAUAAAAUGCUUGUUAAGCUUGAUAGUUUGGCUAGAUUGGUGGAAACCAGUUCCGCUAAGGUUCUUGAGCAGGAAAACCACAAUAUGAAGUUGAGGUACAAAGUUGCUGGCUUGGAAUGAAUUCUGAUGAUUCAGGUGGCAUUUCUCCUUUUGUAAGAGAGGCAUUGGAUGUGAAGCAGAAAACCUUAGCAGAUCGAGACAACAAUUGAAUGUGAUAUCCUUAAAAGUGGUCAUUGUAAUCAGAUUAGGUCAUUUUUAUGGACUGAGAUAUUUCAAAAGAGCAACUAAGAAUGUAUAUGUACUGUAAUUAUGUCUCUGAACUUUUUGUCUAUUUAGGUUCUCAAUUCGUAAUAACUUGUACGUGUCAGACUUAGUACGAAGAGGAAAUCAGUUGUCUGAGCCUCUCGCCUCUCAUUUCCCUUAUCAACUCCACUGAGCUAAGAUGAAGGUAGAGUGCUGUGUUCCUAGCUCAGUGAAGUUGAUAAAGAAAAUGAGAGGCUCAGUAGAGAGUACACAUCAGCUGUCCCCUUCCUUCUCUAGUCACUGCAUUCUUGAAUUUCAUUUCUUCCAAGGCUUAUCAAAGACUCCCUUAUAACCUGUAGUAGAAAAAGGUUUCUUAUGGACUCAUCAUAGUGGAUGUAUCUGAUUAGUCACAUUACAUAUACCAGUGAAAGAAGGGCAAUUUUGCUUGAUGCAUGCACAUUGAGCAAUGUAUAAGUAAUAGCCUACCCAACAACUCGUCCAAUCAUCUUUGCAUGUAACAGCUGGCAAACUAUAUAGGUAGACCAGAUUAGAGAGUCGGAUGCUUUGCACAUAACUCACUGCAUUCUCUCCUCUCUAAGGAAAUGGACACAUCUCUAACUAUGUUUUCCAAGCUUUUUUGUGGUAGUGGUACUUUCAUAAUUGCAUGCUAUGCAGUGAUUGCUGUCUUAUUAUUCCUAUAGGCAUUUCCUCAUUUUCCUUCUUGCCUCUGGUCAUUGCCUAAGUUGCCUAUUUGAUGCCCCCAUUAAGGCAUUAACUUCGAUAUGCCUAAGAGAAACUCUGGAGCAUAGUUCCUUAUACUCUUUUAGGUUAGGAGGUGUUGCAGGCUGAUGUUAAAUAUGUGCGUCUUUGAGCUAGUAGCUCAACUAGGAACAGAUGAUGACAUUACUAUAUAUUCCAAGAAACUCCGUAAAUUUGCCAAUGAUGGCACCAAUAAGGCAGAUAUGCACAUAAAUUUCUUCGCAUCUGCUAAAGCCUUGGCGGGCAAAGUUAGGCGGGCAAAGUUAUUCGAUACCUGUGGUGGUUGGAGGUAGAGGGUAGCCGGUGGAAGGCACCACUGUUAUUAAACAAAAAAAGAAAAGAAAAGAAUUGAAGCACCAAUCAACCAAAUCGAAGUCUCAGGGACAUAACAUGAGGCGGAAACAAUCAUGCAUAGUGGAAUAUCAGGGCAUUGAUCUUGCAUUCUGUAAAAUUCAAUGGUUUGCCAUUUCUUCUUUUAGGGGAAUGAAUGUUGUAACAUUUCUGUAGUUGCACUUGUGAAGUCCUUAUUUUCUUGUACCCUGUUAGCUAUGCACUUUGCAUGAACCUACAUAUAUUUAUGUCAACUGAAUGAUGAAAAGCACAAUAUUAUCUUUUUU